GCGGCUGUUGCUGGAGCCACGCAGAGAGAAAUCACGGGCACUGGCAGUACUUGAGCUACAACACACUCGGAUUUUUCGUUAUUCCUGCCGUGGACGACGUUGUCAAAAGCGGGAUUUAUGGCCGCCAAGAAGUGGUAGUGUCGACGGGGAGAUAUUCGGCGUCCGAAAGGAAAACUGGCUGCAGCCUUAAGAUGCCCUGUGGCUUCGUCUGAAUCAGCAAGUCCUGGUGCUUUCAGCCUGAGAAUACUGAAGGGAACACAGAACCACAUAGCCUAGCAGGUUCCAGCAGUAGGUGUUCCUCUGCUUCACCAACUGGGACUCCAUGGCUGCCAGUGCUGCUGCUUGAUUCAUUGCACUAUCCAGUGUCCUCCACAUUUAAGGUGUGAAUAGUGUUCAUCACUGUUGUUCUACAGUCACUUCCUGUAGCCUGUAACUUCAUGGAGGGGUUUCCUGUCCACUGACUGAACAGGCUGCCUUAUAGGACCAGCAGCCAUGUCAGCCUGCAGCACCUUCACUGAGCACGUGUGGAAACCAGGCGAGUGCAAGAACUGCUUUAAACCUAAGAGUCUGCACUGUCUGUCUCAGAGCGGUGGAGGGAAGCCUCCCUCUGAGCAGAGGCCUCCAACAACUCAGCAGCAGAAUCCACCCCCUGCUGGAGCCAGAGGCAACCCCAACCUUCCCACUAACUCCCAAAGGGCUGGCAGUGGGUCUGCUCGCUCAGGACACUUCCGUCCACCAGUGGCAAAGAAGCCGACCAUUGCCGUUAAGCCCACUAUGAUGCUGCCUUGCUCUUCUGCAGGACUGGAUUUAGAUGGAAACCUGCAGCAACCACCAAAUGUAAUAGAACAGGGCAAAACAUCUGCCUUCACAGUCUGGAAUCGCAAUGGACUAAAUCGUAAGAGGCCAGGAGGGCCAAGCAACAACAAUGAAGGAGAGGGUGGCAGUGAGGAGAUUGAGGGUUAUGGACAAUUUAGCCCAAGGACACCUAGUGGAAAUAACAACAACAGUGGAUUGACAGAUGUCCUUAAGGAGAUUGCUGGUUUGGGCCCUGGCUCUAGCCCCACACCCCUUUGUGGCUCCAAGGACUUAUUCUGGGGACGAAUCAGUAGUUCAUACCGGCGAUCCUUAGAAAGAGGCUUACCAGCAUCAAGCUGUCUGGCUAUAGGAAGCUGCAGCAGCAGUAGUGGUGGUGGUGGUGGUGGUGGUGGUGGUGGCGGAAGCAGCAGUGCUCAGAAACGAGUAUCCCUUAGUGAUAGCGCCAAGAUCAUCAGCACCGAGGGUGGUCGCUUUUGCUACCCAGAGUUUUCCAGUGAAGGUGAAGAUGAUGACGAAGAGGAUGAUGAGGAAGAAGACACUGAAAGGGAUGAUGAUGAACAUGAGAGCUGGGAUGAAAGUGAUGAAGAGUUGCUAGCCAUGGAGAUCCGUAUGCGAGGCCAACCCCGAUUUGCAAAUUUCCGUGCUGCCACAUUGUCUCCAGUGCCCUUUGCUGCAGGGAAAAAGUGGAAUACUGUGCCACUUCGCAACCGCUCACUGCAGCGGAUUUGUGCAGUGGACUAUGAUGAUAGCUAUGAUGAAAUCUUGAAUGGAUACCCCUCGGUGGAUUCCAAUGGAGCCCCUCUUUCCUAUGGGCCACGUGAUAUGCAAGGUAGCGGUUUCCUGUCAAAUUCAGAGUCGACCACUUCUCCAGAAUCAUCGUCGUCACUACCAGAAGAUUCUCGAACAACUUCCAGCAGUGGGAGCAGUGCCCACUAUGCCCUUCGAAAUGGCCUGCAUUCUCCCACUUCUUGUAAGGCACCUCCUCCCUGCACAAAGGAACCUGUCAGCAGAGCACUGAGUCCACUUAAGGUGGCUGAAACACACAAGGCUGUCCUGGCCAUUAGAUUAGAAGAUCAGGAUGGCCGAGAAGGCAUGCCCAUGCCUCAAGCCCUUCCUGGUCAACCAGUCACUAUAAGUUUUAGUCCCACAGAGGAGCAAGCCAAACCAUACCGUGUAGUAAAUUUGGAAAAAUCGAUGAUCUGUAAGCCUUACACUGUGGUGGAUGUGUCAGCAUCCAUGGCCAAUAAAGAUGAACAGGUUCCAGACUCUUCUCCAAAACCCAGGAACCUGUCAAUGCCCUCCAGCCCUACGGCAUUCUGUAGCACUCCUUUAGUCCAGCCCCUAUCACCGAAAUCCCCUACUUCCCCAUCUUCUCCUGUGAUGCCAACGUCACCCACAUCUGCUGUUUUGCCAGGUAGUUCCCGGAAGAAACCAGGCAGCAUACGCUACCAAGAAGUGUGGACAUCAAGCACAAGUCCUCGCCAAAAGAUAGCUAAAGUGGAGCUUGGCGCUGGGAGCAGUCCUGGCCCCUCCAUCACUUCUCUGCAGUGCAGUCACAAGUCAGCUCCCACUUCUCCCAUUGCUGGGUUGUCUUCCUCCCGAACUGUACCUGUGAAAUCCCCCAAUUUAUCAGAGAUCAAGUUCAACAGUUUCAAUAAUGCAGGUAUGCCUCCUUUUCCCAUUAUUAUUCGAGAUGAGCCAGCCUAUGCCCGCAGCUCCAAGAAUGCUGUCAAGGUACCUAUUGUUAUCAACCCAAGUGCAUAUGACAACCUAGCUGUAUACAAGAGCUUUUUGGGACUCAGUGGGGAACUACCACAAACAAAAGGGGUGGGUAAUAGGGUAGCCAGCCAUACUUAUGAAGAGAUUGGAUCCUCCGAGAGUGUCCAGUCCUCCUCAACAGAAAAAACUCUUUCAGGUAGAGGCACAUCAGAGCGAACUUCCUUUGAAGAGACAAAAUUUCCACUUGACACGGUUUCAAAAGCACCAAAUUUACAACCCAGAACCACUACAGACUCUAGCACUGUUACAAGCACUGUGAUCAGCUCUGCAGUUGGGCCUCUCUCUCCCACUACAUCAACAAAUCCCCCUGCAAAUCUUGCCAUUACUGCAAACCUACCUAAAGCCAGCCCUACUGCCAAUGCUGUUACACACACUUGCAAGACUGGUGGAGAUGCUACUUGCAGCAAAGAUGAUGAUACAGACUUAGCUUUGUCUUCUGGGACAGUGGUAAGCCAUAGGGAGGAGGCCAGUGCCGUGCUUUCACAGAUUGUGGCCUCCAUCCACCCUCCUCUGUCUCCUCCCGAGUCACCCUCAGCACAAGCCAAAACUUUUAGUUCUGAGGAGCUGUAUGCCCUCCCACCUGAUGCCAUGAAAGAGACCCUCACUCGGCCUAAGUCUCUCUUUUCCGCAACUGAUGGCUGUCUUUCCAAGCCAAAGAAGGAGACACCCUCAAAAGUUUUGUCUAAAUCCCAGAGUGCCUCUGCUGCUGUCCCACUCUCCAGCCCCCGGUCAGAACCCAGUGCCCCCUUUCCCCCUCCAAGAUCUACAUCUUCCCCCUACCAUGCAUCUAACAUACUCCAGAGACAUUUUGGCAAUUGGACCAAGAGUUCUGCCUCGAGUUCUCCUGUACGACCCAGCGAAGGUGAAGUAAGUCCUGGUGGACAAGGGAGACGUAUUUCAGCAGAAGGCUCCAAACCUAAACGCUGGAUCUCCUUUAAGAGCUUUUUUCGUCGGCGGAAAGAUGAGGAUGAGCAGAGAGAGAAGAUGGAGAGAGAAAAGGAGAAGGGCAAGUUGGUUGGACUUGAUGGAACAGUCAUUCACAUGCUUCCACCACCGCCAGCUCAGCAACAACACUGGUUCACUGAGGCCAAACCAGAGGAUCCCACCCAGAAGCCAACUAUUAUCUUUACCUACAAGCCAGACAGUGGCAGUAGCCCUGGCGAUGGAGAAGGAGAACUACGAGUAGAGGAGUGCAGAGAAACUGCACUGCUGACAUCUGAUGAAAGCAAAGAACCUCGACCUUUGAGUCCAGAGAAAACACCGUCAUCACUCACUGCUGGAGGUGAUGGCAUCAGCAGCCAGAUACCAGUCAGUGCCAGCAAUGCCAGGGAUCGGGAGUUACCCAGUGCCACCUCUCUGCCUGCCAAAGUGAAUCUAGGGCUGGUAUUUGGGGAGGGCGAGGAGGGCCAUGCCAACCAGGUUGCCACUCCAGCUUCAGCCAGCGAGGGCAGCGCCAGCCUUGGAGAGCCUGAGGAGGACGGGAAUCACUCUCAUCACUCCCACUCUCCUGCCUCCAGCCAGUGCAGUGCCACCUACAGCAACCUGGGUCAAUCUCGAGCCAACAUGAUCCCACUGAAACAGCCACGGAACGUCAAAGCGUCCAAUGAUACUUUAGCCUCCAUCGACCUGGAUGUCCUCGCUGACCAGCCGGCGCCUAAAGCCACGCCACCGCCACUCCCCAAGAAGGCUGUUCCUCGCUCCAGUACUGAACCAAGCCUGGGAGGCAAAGAGCCAAUCCAGGGAGCCCUCAGACCCCGGGCUGAGGCCAAACCGGGAGGCACCAACCUGAGUGUGGCCAACCCUCUCUACGACUUGGACUCCACCUGGGAGACAGCCAGUCAGAGCUCCUCCCUCAGCUCCGAGCCUCAUCGAGCCCACGACCAGGAGAGCGGCGACUCCUUGGAGAGGCCAACAGCUGCCGCAGCUCACAGCAAGGGCCGCCUGGCUAACAGCGUGUCCUCUCUGGUCCCCCAACCUGCCCCCGCUGCAUCCAGUGCCACCGCCGGCAGGGAGAGGAGAAUCUACCCCAGUACGGAGUCUCUGGGAGGGAGAGGGCGGACAACAGGUCGAGGUGCAGCUGGAGGAGGCUCCAAACCCCAGAGACCUGCUCUUUACAGGGGCUUAGACAGCUGGGAUGAGGUGGUGGGGAGGAUCCGGGGGCUCCACACGGACACCCUGCGGAAGCUGGCAGCAAAGUGUGAGGACCGUUUCAUGGCAGGCCAGAAGGAUCAUUUGAGGUUCGGCACUGACAGCUGGUCCCACUUCAGGCUGACCACUGGGAAACCGUGCUGUGAGGCGGGGGACGCUGUGUACUACACCGCAUCUUAUGCCAAGGACCCACUGGUCAACUACGCCAUCAAGAUCUGUCGGAGCCAAGUGAAGGAGACCCAGCAGCAGUUUUUCCACAGUCUUGCAGUGAGACAAAGCCUGGCAGUUCACUUCAACAUCCAGCAGGACUGUGGACACUUCCUGGCCGACGUCCCUGCCCGCCUCCUGCCCUGGGAAGAGGAGGAAGAUGAGGACGAGGAGGAGGAGGAGGAAGAGGAGGAGAAUAAGGAGGAAGAAGAGCUGACGAAGAAAGAGAAAGAGAUUAAGACUGACACAAAAGUGACAGACUCCAAAGCAUCUGCCCCAAAUGGUAAAGUAGAUGAAACCCCAGCAGCAGGUCACAUGAACACUGCUGGCCGCCUCAGGAGCCGAGUGGUGGUCAUCACACGUGAGGUGCCCUUCCAGACGGUGGCCGACUUUGUCCGAGAAGGCAUGACCAGACACGCUCAUAACCCAGAGCUUUACGAGCGUCAGGUCUGUCUUCUGCUGCUGCAGCUGUGCUCCGGCCUGGAGCACAUGAAACCUUAUCAUGUGACCCACUGUGACCUGCGGCUGGAAAACCUGCUGCUGGUCCAGUGCCAACCUGGCAACUCCUGGAAUCUGGACUUACUUGAGCCCAACAACAACAGCAACAGCGGCAGCAGCAGCUCUGGUGCGACCGCUGCCAGUGCUGCCGCCGCCAACGCCACCUGCCCCGCCCGCCUCAUCAUCAGUAACUUCUCCCAAGCGAAACAGAAGAGCACUCUCAUGGCCACUGACCCCGGUACGCUGCGCGACCAAUCAAGGCUGGCCCCUGAAAUCGUCACAGCUACUCAGUACCGCAAGUGUGACGAGUUCCAGACUGGGAUUCUCAUCUAUGAGAUGCUGCACCGACCCAACCCCUUCGAGGAGACGCCAGAGCUGAAGGAGCGCGAGUACACCUGGGCAGACCUGCCGCCGCUGCCGGUCAGAUCCCUCUAUUCACAGGGCCUGCAGCAGCUGGCCAGGCUGCUGCUCACUGUCAACCCCUCUGAGAGAAUCCGUAUGUCCGAGGCCCGGGCCUGCCUACAGUGCCUCCUCUGGGGCCCCCGGGAGGACUUGUUUCAGGCGCUGGGCUGCAGCAGCACGGGCCCCAUGACAGGGGCCACUGCAAGCCAGCGCGAGGCCACCCUCCAGAACUGGCUGGACCUGAAGCGGACACUGAUGAUGAUCAAAUUCGCCGAGCGGUCGAUGGACACCGCUUGCGGUGUGAGUCUGGAGGACUGGCUGUGCUGCCAGUAUCUGGCGUUUGCCACCACAGACACCCUGAGCCGGGUGGUACACAUCCUGCAGCAGCCGCAGCAGCCGCAUCCUCCGCCUCAGAACCAGAACCAGAACCAACCUGUGCACCCGGCACAGAACCAAACCCAAACACAUCUAGCACACACCUUCCACUUGACUCAGUCACAGCCGCUCUGAGUUCCUCUGCCCCACUGUUACUAUGGCAACAGAUCCAACUUCCCCUGUGUGGUCCCCGUGCUGACGCUAAAGUGUGAUGUAAGCUAAUAGUCAGCUUGUUGUUGCAGCAGCCACAGUGCUCACCUCAGUCUAAACAGCUGGUUGUGAAGCGUCUGUGUUUUUUUUCAUCAACGAAUCAAUCCACAGAGUGAGAGGCGUCAUUUAAUUAUUCUCAAAUCAAGUCCAAAUCGAACUGAAAUAUUAGAGAAAGUUGAUUCUUGAGUCAUUUUGGCUCUCAUCAGUGAAGUCCAUACCUUCACUCCACCAGUACGAAACUGAAGAAUUUACUAACCGUGUGAGGGAACAUUUUAAGAUGUUUUUCAGCCAGGCUCUGUAUUAGAUGCAAUCUGCAUGGCGGUUGUCUCCAGGAUUUAUAUAAGACAGAGAUAAAGAGACAGAGAAGUGGAAUAAAUCAGAGUUUUUAUAGCGAUACACAUUAAUAUUCUAUACAAAAGUUUCAUCAGACAUCUAAAGACAUGCCACAGUUAGAAUUGUGGAAAAGAAACUUAAGAUAGCAUCAGAAAUUAGAGAAUUUCAUCCGAAUUAUUUAAUUUAUUACAUCGUGUUGUAUUUUAAGCAACAAUUUAUUCUUUUGAUCUGUAAAGACUAAAAAGAAAAAUUAAGGGAGAGCAUUUAAAAUGAAGGGAAUGGGGAAAAGCCAAUGGUUAAAAAAAAAAUGAUCGACUUGAUAGAUUUGUCCUCUUCAAAAUCGAAUCUAAUGUGGGUGAGGUGGUUUAUUUUCUACACCGACGCAAAAGUUCACAUCACUCUUUAUGGUUUAUAAAUUCAGAAGCCAGUCUGGAGUUUUUGACAAAGAUGACACCUGCACACGCUGUUGUAUCACACUACAGAGGUACAGCAGGCGACGAACACUGAGCUAAUUAUGGCUUCACAGUUUCUGACGCUUUGAAGAUAAAACGGGACACGACCUCCCUGGCUGUUGGUUUGGUCUCUUGUCGGAGUACGUGCAAUUAAUAUCUUUUGUUUUGCCGUUUCCUUCGGUGCUGACGGCAUAUGAACCUUUUUCUAGCGUUACACAGUCUUUCACUAAUCCUCUCUUCCAUUAGUUUUGUGGCACAUAAACGAAUUCAUUUCAUUUUAAUCCUGCGACUUGUGACAGUGGAUGGGAUGUUUCAGGGACUGCAAAAAGUUAUUCUUUGUCUAUUGUGUUGUUUUUGUACGGUUCUGCGUUACGGACGACAUUUGCACAUUCGGUUUGAAUGCUGGCGCUCCUCGAUGGAGGCCGGAGGACACGAUGAGGCCGAGGAGUGGAGGAGACCGAGGGAAGUUCCUGUGAAUUUGAGGAGCUGAUUUGUUUUUGCAGCGUGUGGAAUGUAAAAGUUUGCCUGGACUGAAACAGACAUUUGGACCUGGUCUCAUCUGCUUCGGAAACAGACUUAUCCUCCAAUCGAACCACUCUGUGUUACAUAAAAAAAAAACUCUUUGCCUACAAGACAGCCUUGAAGACAAACUAACUGCUCAACCACUCACAUGCUUUCAUUCCUCCGUCCUCUUGUUGUCUCCAGCCAACACGAUGGCUCCCUCCUGCAUCAAUGCUCCCUCCUGUCACUCAGCAAAUUUAUCCUGCUUUGAUUAAACGAACUCUGUGUAAUUGAUCUUCCAGUCAGUUGAAGCAACGCGUGUACAGCUUCCCCGUAAAAUACGGAACAUCUUGAAUUUAUGACACCCUUACCGUCUGUUUCCAAAAAUGCUUUGUAUUCAUUUGCUCUGGUUAAGCUUUUCUUUUCAUAUCCAGCAGUUCAAACUUGUUAGAAAAUGUACUUUUGGGAUCAGGGUCCUGUGUCUGUUUAACUGCAGAUGUACAACAGAAAACGUCAUGGUCCACGGAGUGAAAAUGAGACAAAGCAGGUGUGAGUUUGUCACUGCAUUAAAGGGUUUGUGUACUGAGGAAUGUGUGUGGGACAGCACUGGUGGCUGUCCUUGUAUCCAGAGAUUUAAGCCUUUAUAUAGUAUAUAUAUAUAGUAUAAAUAUAUAUAAGCUUUAUCUAUUUUAAUCCACACAAUAUUUUGUCGAGUACGGAGCACCUCUGUUUCUGUCUUUAGAGGCUAAAUAUCAUUUAUCCAUUCAAGCUUUACUUGACUUUCUUUAACCUCGCAUGUUUUGGGGGAAGAAAAAGGUGAGUAGUUAUCACUGUCCUACACAAGGAUAAAUGGAAAAGAAAAAAACAAAAAAGAUCUUAUUAUUCAGUUGCAUUAACACACAGAACAAUGUACAGUAUUUUUAACCCCUCUUGUAAAUUUACCUGCUUAGGAGAAGAACCACUUUGGCUGAAGGAUGACUUUUGAAAGCACCGUUGAAACGCAGCAUUCAAAAAGUGUACGGACAACAGCAGAUGUUUUCUUUUUCUGUUUCUGAUCUGUUUCUCUCUCUCUCUCUCUCUCUGCAUCAUUAAUUGCCACUGAACCUGGAAACAGAAGCUCUCUAAGGCUUUCUAAAUAUGUGUACAGUAUGUCUCCUGGCCUGCCGCCAUUUAUUGUUGAUCAAGUUAACCAACAGUAACAGAACAAUAAAUAUAUGUUUUUAUAUAUA